GAAUUUUCACUGACUCCGUCCCUGAGAACAACUCUCCUAUGCUUCUGAAAGUCUCUCUCGCUCUCGUUGAGAUAUAACGGAGGAAAAAGAUCUUCCCAUGUAGCUUUACUAUUCUCGCCGAGAUCUCUUGUUUUCCUGGGAAAUUUCUGUUUUCACGGAAAAUAUCGAGGAGAUGGACGGGGGAUUAUUCGAUCUGAUGGAGUUCUUUAGGAGGCCAUCGAUCACCGAAACAUUUGUCGACAUUUUACUCUGCGCAGUACCUAUUUGGCUCGCUGUGAUGAUAGGGCUUGUCAUCGGUUGGUCCUGGCGCCCGCGUUGGACCGGCUUGGUCUUCCUGGGGAUGCGCAGCAAAUUGCGGUUCGUAUGGACAGCGCCGCCGGGAUUUGGGGCACGACGUCUCUGGCUGGCAUUCACGGCUCUCUCGGUUUUCUCCGCUUGCCGCACGAUUUUGUCCAAUUUGAAAUUGAAGCGUGAGAAAGCGGCAAGCCGAGCGCGGCCACCACCUCCGGUAGCGGCGAGCAUGGAAAAUACAGCAGAUAUGAUUUGCGAUGCCGCCUGCCCUAGUACCAGACCAGUUGGGGAAGAGCAUGGCAUUGCCACAGAAAAUGAUUUGGAGCAUCUAUUAUAUUUUCUUGAAGGGAAUAUAGAAUGGCAAAGUAUGAUGGAAAGAUCUACUCCGAACAUGUCAUACCAAGCUUGGAUUCAUGAGCCUGAGACACGCCCAGUAGUAUACCGCAGUAGAACUGUCUUUGAGGAUGCAACUCCAGAGUUGGUUAGAGACUUCUUCUGGGAUGAUGAAUUUAGAACAAAAUGGGAUCCUAUGCUCACGCACGUUAAAAUAUUGGAGGAAUGUCCUCAUACAGGAGCAAUUAAUGUUCAAUGGAUAAAAAGGUUCCCUUUUUUCUGCAGUGAUAGAGAAUAUAUCAUUAGUCGAAGAAUAUGGGAGGCUGGAAAGACAUAUUAUUGUGUGACAAAGGGAGUACCAUAUUCAGGUUUGCAAAAACGUGACAAGCCAAGGCGUGUGGAGCUUUAUUUCUCGAGUUGGGUUAUUAGGGCUGUGGAAUCCCGUAAAGGAGAUGGACAGAUGUCUGCUUGUGAGGUUACCCUUGUACAUUAUGAGGACAUGGGGAUCCCCAAAGAUGUGGCGAAGUUAGGAGUCCGCCAUGGAAUGUGGGGAACGGUCAAGAAACUACAUUCAGGGAUGCGAGCAUACCAGAAUGCAAGGAAACCAGAUGCUUCACUAUCCAGAAGUACAUUUAUGACUCAUAUGACAACUAAACUUUCUUCUGAUGGAAGUGUGGGUUCUUCAGAGCCGGUUUCUAGGGAAGAAGACAAUCGUCGUGCUGUGAACACACAUGAACAACAACAAGGUCAUGCCAUUGACUGGAAAUGGGUUGUAAUAGGUGGUGUAGCUCUUGUGGGUGGACUUCAUUCAGGUGUCCUUGGAAAGGCCUUGUUGAUGGGAGCAGGGCAAAGAAUUGCCCGGAGAUGAGAAGUUUCUAGUUAAUUUAUUGUAUCUCCAUAUAAUUUUGAGAAAUGAUGAUGUUUCUUUUUCUGUUUUCUGUUUUAUGUUUUAUGUUUUCUUUUCUUUUUAUUGUUUUCAUAAUUUUGAAAGUGAUACCAAACAGCACCUAAACGUAUCGGCUUUUAUUGUUGGAGACUUAAUAGAUCUUUCCCUUGUUUAGUUUUAA